CUCGGGUCGCCUUCUUCUUCUUCUUCGGCCAGCAGGAGGACGAAAUUUCUUCAGUGGGUCAGUGGUUGCAGAGACACACGUUCUCUGAUUGACUUAAAUAUAGACUCAAGUGAGAUUCGCGAGUGACGUAAGCAAAGCAAGUGCCGGUUGGUUUUUUUUUUGCAAGACUUUUUUUAUUCAAUUGCGAAAAGUGAAAAAGAAAACGAGUCUGUGGGGAAUUUUUAUUGCGAGAGUUUAUAAUGUGAAAACCAUGGCAUCUUGCACUACAGAUAGUGGAACAGAGACUCUAUUUUCCGAUGAUUCGCCUUGCGAAUUGCUGCAUUCGCCCAAUAAUGCUUGUUCGGGAGAUGAAAGACUUUGUCCAAGUAGACAAAAUGAGGAUGGCAUAUCUAUUAACAGUAAACUGGCACCGCCGAAUAUCCAACCCUAUAGUGGUGUAUUGGAAAAAGGCAAAGUAGUAAUAAAACCAAUAGCUUUUAAACCAUCGGCACCAAAUAAUAAUAAUAUGAUGCCUUCGAGUCGAUUUAGUGACCGAUACGGAUCAACACCUAUACUUACCAGGCCUGGUUCAAGAACCACCAUGUAUGGAAGUACCAGUGAUAUUCACAAUUCUUCAAAUAUACUAUCCCUAGACCGAAAACUACGUUCCUCGUGUACUUCUAAUAAUUCUUCACCACCGUUGGCCAUGAGUUCCUUACCGUCGAUACCUCACACGCACAAAUUACUGAAUUACGAUAGUUUGGAAAGUGUCAGAAAAAGUUCCAAUAGUAAUUGUUCCUUUUUAAAUAAAAACUCCUCCUAUCGUCUUUCAUCAUCAAACAUCGGACGCAUUUUAGACUUGACACCAUCUCCAAGUGACUCUGGAGUGUCGGAACUGGAAGCAGCACUCAGAGAUCGCGAUUCAGAGCUGGCUUACCUAAGACAAACAAUGGAGCACAACGAACAAGUUAUAUUCCGAGUGUAUCAAGAAAAGGAAAAGGUUUGGGAACGAGAACUUCACAGGAUUAAAUCGGUUCACGAGGAGCGAUUGCGUUCGAGUGCGCAAAAAGCUUUGAAAUUGGAACAAUUGUUGAUGAUGCAAACUUAUCAGCAGAAUCAGAACAAGAAACAACUUUUAGCUGAAGUGCACCGAGCAACUUUCGAAAACGACAAAUUCAAAGAGGAAGUGACCGACUUGAGAAAUCGCCUUGAAGAGACUGAAUGGAAUUUGUGUCAAAAGACUGGAGAAAUAGCACUGCUCAAAACUCAACUAAAGGAAUGUCAGACUGAACACACAUCGAAAUGUCAAGAGCUGUUCCAGCUCAGAAUAGAGUACAGGGAAUUGCACCAACAGUUUGAAGAAUUAGAGAAUCAACUUAACAAACAGAAAACCCAAUACGAAGAAAAAAAUAAUGAAAUUUCUGAUUUACAUCUCGAACUGGAAACACUUAAGUACCAAGUUAAAAAAUACCAGAGCAUUGAUAGUAUUGAUAAAGCAAGGUUUGAAGAUAUUUCGGAAAACGAGAGACUCAAAGCCGAAAUAAAAGAGCUACGCGAAGAACUUUCCGAUUUCUCCAUAAGCGACUACAGUAACGUACAACCGGGCCGUCAAAAGCCACAAAUCUACGAAAUAGAGCACAUCGAAAACCAAGAAAAUUGCGACUCUUUAGAAGACCUAGAAAUACAAAAACUAAACGAAGAUUACAUAGAUUUUCACGAAAACGAAAACGAAGUGGGCCGGUUGAGAAGACAGCUAACAAUGAAAUCUAGAGAGUUUGAAAAGGAGAAGUUAAUAUGGGCUCAAGAAAAAGAAAAGGUUUUGAGAUAUCAGCGUCAGCUACAAAUCAACUAUAUGGAAAUGUACAAACGCAGUCAAAGGUUUGAAGGGGAACUGGAAAAUCUGAGCUUGGAAUUAGCUGUUUUGAGAAGCAAAACUACAAAGGAAUUACAAGCUACUACGCUAUAAACAAUUUGCUUUUUUUUUGCCAAUUCUUUUGUAAAUUUUAUUUGUAUUGUAUAUAGGUUUUUAUAUUAUUAAUUAUAUGCCAUGAUUGCACUUUACCAUUAAAUGUUUGAAAUGCCGAAGAAAAAAAAUAAAUUAUUGUUUAAUGUAAUUUAUUGGGUUUUUAAUUCACGCGUAUUAGUUUAUUGAAAAAUAGCUAUAUGUAUUUUGGUGCUUUCAGGGCCGCCGCUAUACCAGAUGUGCGGCGUGUUCAGAACACACAUGCGACAAGAGUGUCGCGCAUCUGUAGUGACGUCACAAGGGUAUCGGGGCUUGUCAAUAAUAGCAUUUUCAAAACGUGCAAGUCUUUCAAAUCACUUUCUAUCUGGGAAUAUUGUAAAUUACAGGCCAUUUAGAGCGUAAUAAGAGCUACAAAUGCUGAAAAUUUUAAUGCCAUUUUUUUCUGGAAAUCUGAGAAAGUUGAAGGAACCAAAUAUUUUUUUUAUUUAUUAAGGAAGUUUCCAGCUUCAAUAUACUGAAAUUUUAUGGAGAAAUAAUCCAGUAUAACAGAGCCAUGAUUUUUACAAUCCGAUAAACACACUGAGUGACAUUUCUGCCUUACAGUCAAUGGUCUAAUUUUUGAUUUUUUUUCUGGAAAUCUGGAAAACCUGGAGGAAUCAAAUAUUUUUUUGUUUAUCAAAAAAGCUUCCAGCUUCAACAUACUGAACUUUUAUGGAAAAAUAGCUCAGGAUAACGGAGCUAUGAUUUUUAUAAUCCGAUAAACACACUGAGUGAUAUUUCUGCCUUGGAGUCAAUGGUCUGAUUUAUGAUUUUUUUUAUGGAAAUCUGGGAAACCUGUAGGAACCAAAUAUUUUUUUGUUUAUUAAGAAAGCUUCCAGCUUCAACAUACUGAAAUUUUAUGGUAAAAUAGCUCAGGAUAACGGAGCUAUGAUUUUUAUAAUCCGAUAAACACACUGAGUGAUAUUUCUGCCUUGUAGUCAAUGGUCUGAUUUAUAAUUUUUUUUAAUGAAAAUCUGGGAAACCUGGAGGAACCAAAUAUUUUAUGUCUAUUAAAAAAGCUUCCAGCUUCAACAUACUGAAAUUUCAUGCGAAAAUAGCUCAGGAUAACGGAGCUAUGAUUUUUACAAUCCGAUAAACACACUGAGUGAAAUUUCUGCCUUGGAAUCAAUGGUCUAAUUUUUGAUUUUUUUUCUGGAAGUCUGGUAAACCUGGAGAAACCAAAUAUUUUUUUUAUCUAUUGAGGAAGCUUCCAGCCUUAACAUACUGAAAUUUUAUGGAAAAAUAAUCCAGGAUAACGAAGCUAUGAUUUUUACAAUCCGAUAAACACACUGAGUGAUAUUUCUGCCUUGGAGUCAAUGGUCUAAUUUUUGAUUUUUUUUCAGAAAAUCUAGGAAACCUGGAGAAAUCAAAUAUUUUUUUAUCAAUAAAAAAAGCUUUCACCUUUAAAAUACUGAAAUUUUAUGAAAAAACAGCUCAGGAUAACAGAGCUAUGAUUUUUACAAUCUGAUUAAUACACUGAGUGAUAUUUUUGCCUUAGAGUCAAUGGUCUGAUUUUUAAUUUUUUUUCUGGAAAUCUGGGAAACCUGGAGGAACCAAAUAUUUUUUUGUUUAUUAAGGUGGCUUUCAGCCUCAACGUGCUGAAAUUUUGUGGAAAAAUAGCUCAGGAUAACGGAGCUAUGAUUUUUACAAUCCGAUAAAGUCAAUGAGUGAUAUUUCUGCCUUGGAAUCGAUGGUCUGAUUUUUGAUUUUCUUUCUUUAAAUCUAGGAAACCUAGAGGAACCAAAUAUUUUUUUGUUUAUGGAGGAAGCUUUCAGCUUCAGCAUACUGAAAUUUUAUGGAAAAAUAGCCCAAGAUAAGGAAACUCUGAAUUUCAUAAUUUGAUAAACACACUGAGUGAUAUUUCUGCCUUAGAGCCAAUGGUCUAAUUUUUGAUUUUUUUUCUUGAAAUCUGAGAAACCUGGAGAAACCAGAUAUUUUUUUAUUUAUUGAGGAAGCUUGCAGCUUUAACGUACUGGAAUUUUAUGGAAAAAUAGCUCAGAAUAACUUAGCUAUGAUUUUUACAAUCCGAUAAAUACACUGAGUGAUAUUUUUGCCUUGGAGUCAAUGGUUUAAUUUUUGAUUUUUUUUCUAAAAAUCUGUAAAACUUGGAGGAACCAAAUAUUUUUUUGUUAAUUAAGGAAGCUUUCAGCUUCAACGUACUGAAAUUUCAUGAAAAAAUAGCUCUGGAUAACGGAGCUAUGAUUUUUACAAUCCGAUAAACACAUUCAGUGAUAAUUCUGCAUUAGAGUCAAUGGUCCAAUUUUUGAUUUUUUUUCUAGAAAUCUAGGAAACCUACAAGAACCAAAUAUUUUUUUAUUUAUUGAUGAAGCUUUCAGCUUCAACAUACUGAAAUUUCAUGGAAAAAUAGGUCGGGAUAACGGAGCUAUGAUUUUUACAAUCCGAUAAACAUACUCAGUGAUAAUUCUGCAUUAGAGUCAAUGGUCCAAUUUUUUAUUUUUUUUCUAAAAAUCUGUGAAACUUGGAGGAACCAAAUAUUUUUUUGUUAAUUAAGGAAGCUUUCAGCUUCAACAUACUGAAAUUUCAUGGAAAAAUAGCUCGGGAUAACGGAGCUAUGAUUUUUACAAUCCGAUAAACACACUCAGUGAUAAUUCUGCAUUAGAGUCAAUGGUCCAAUUUUUGAUUUUUUUUCUAGAAAUCUGUGAAACCUGGAGGAACCAAAUUUUUUUUUUUAAUUAAUGAAGCUUUCAGCUUCAACAUACUGGAAUUUUAUGGAAAAAUAGCCCAGGAUAACGAAGCUAUGAAUUUUAUAAUUUCAUGAAUAUACUGAGUGAUAUUUCUGCCUUAGAGUCAAUGGUCUAAUUUUUGAUUUUUUUUCUUGAAAUAUGAAAAACCUGGAGGAACCAAUUAUUUUUUUAUUUAUUAAGGUAGCUUUCAGCUUCAACAUACCGAAAUUUUAUGGAAAAAUAAUCCAGGAUAAGGGAGCUAUGAUUUUCAGAAUCUGAUAAGCACACUCAGUGAUAAUUCUACUUUAGAGUCAAUGGUCUAAUUUUUAAUUUUUUUUCUGGAAAUCUGAGUCAUGGUCGUGAAUAAUUGCCCAUAUCUUUGGUACAUUUCAAGGAAAUGGAAAUAAAUUAUACACCAUUGGAAAGAGCAUCAAAUUUUCUAUAAAUCUGUGCAAAAUUGAGUUUGAUAGCUCAAAUGGUUUUUGCGCAAUUGAGCCUCAAAGUUGACUUCUAGUCAAAAUUUUGUCAAAAAUUUCAAGCUCAAUUUGCUCGAAAAAUAUGAAUCUGGGAAUAUUGUGAAUAACAGGCCAUUUAGAACUUGAUAAGAGUUACAAAUGCUGGAAAUUUCAAUGCAAUUUGCCCAACGGUUACCGAGCAAUCGAAGUUUGAAGAUUUUGAAAUUAAAAUUCAAUUUUUUGAAGUAAAACUUCUUAGGCGGCGUCUGAUAUUUGGAGAGAAUAAAGAGUGAUCUGAAAGACGCGUCACGUUCUAGCAAAUUUCGUUACACGAGAGAGAAGAAAGUUGAAAGUUGUAACAGAGAGACAGAGAAAGACAGCCAAUGACAUCCGACGAACGAUUGACAUAAACCAAGGAUUUUAAACAAAGAGGAUAGCCUAUUAUAUUGUCAAGCGCCGAUACCCUUGUGACGUCCCUACAAUCUGGGAACAAAGGCGGCUAACAUCACAGUUUCUAACAUUCUAGCUGCAGCCCUGUGUGCUUUUAUCACCUACUAAGUUUUGUUCCAUAAUUAAUUGAAAUUUCUAGAAUACAUGAUUAUUUAAAACUUUGAUUUAGGAUAAAGCUUGGUAACUUUCAAAGGCAAUUCGCCUUCGUUACCCUUGAAUUUCUGACCGAAAUUCUUGGGAAAACCAACUCGAUGAGGCGCCUCAGCAAUGUUGGUAAUUUUCGUAUUUUUCCUGUACUUGUACCACCAGUAUUCAAAGGCCAAAGUAAUACAGGCCAGGCCAAUUCCGACAAAAAUAACUAUGAAAACUCCUCCAAUAUUUUGAAUACUGAUUCCGUCUGAUUGAUCAUCUGCCUUUUCACAUUGUUUCUUUUCUGUAUUUUUGUUCCACCAACGUUCUUUUAGUCUUUCUAGUUCACGUCGAUUUAA